AUGUCUCAUCACUUUGUUGAUGAGAAAUCUGAACAAAGGUUCAAUGACAUGAAGAAUCUCAACACGAUUGUGGAGAGGAACGUGAAUGUCAGCAAUCUCAAGGAGCAAGGGAUAUGGGACAUCCUAGAAUGUCUGAAUCUAGAAGAGACAGUCACCUAUGCAUGUCCUCACAGCAAAAUUCUGAUCAAAGAAUUUUAUGCAAACAUCACGAAGAAGAUAGUGAAGGUUGGAGAUCCGAUGUACCAUCGGGUGUACAUAAGAGGGAAGAUAUUGCAUUUUUCUCCAACUGUAAUCAACAAGUUUUUGGGCUUGAAGAACUCAGUUGUGCCUACCAUGGAUGAUCUGGACAGGGAGAUUGACCAGAAAGAGCUGGAGAUAGCUCUCACUGACACCUUUGAUGAAAAGAGGAAAGGAGAAAUAACCCCAGUGGAGCUAAACUUUGAGGCCUCAGUACUGUUCAAAAUAGCUAGAGCUAACUGGUUACCAACCCAGCGAUCAAGUCUGAUCCACAAGAGGCUAGCAGUACUCAUCUUCUGUGUGAAGAAAGGGAUAAAAAUCAACUAUGGAAACAUGAUCUUCGAUCAUAUUCUGGAAAGAGCACUGAACUUCAGAGCAAGGUUCAGAUUACCUUAUCCCUGCCUAAUUCAGAGCAUACUCACCAAGCAGUGCCCGGAACUCAUUGACCUAAAGGAAAACACUGAAGUAAUUCAGAAACCCUUGGUGGUUGAGACAAGAAUCAAAAGGAAAAAGGGUAAAGGAAAGAAGGACUACAAGAAGAUGCUGGAGACCCUCAAAGAUGCAGAAAAAGCGUUGAUAAAGAUGGAGCUCGGACUACGGAAGCAGGCAACACAUUGUCAGCAAAUCCAUGCAACAGUCCACGAAUAUGUUGAAGCAACUCUGAGUAAUGUGUUCAUUAUUCAUUCAGGGGGAGAACUUGAGGAAGCAGAAGGAAAUCUCGACUCAGAAGAAGAAGACUCGGAUGAGGAGGAUGAAGAAGAGGAUUCUGAGAUGCCUAAGCCGACGCCUAAGCCGAUCCCUAAGAAGAUCGAAACAUCCCGAAAGUCAGGAACAAGCAGGAAGACAAGGAAAGCCAGGAGUCCUACGGAUGAUGACUCAUCUCUUCGUUUCUAA